GCCUGACAAUUCCUCAUGGCGGCGGCGGCUGGUUGGGUGCGGCGCGGUGGUGACUGAGCUGCUAGCCGGGCGGGCGAGCGUCGAGCUCCAGCCUGGCCUCCGCGUGCACCUCGGGCUCCGCACCCCUGAUGCUGCGCGGGUGCUGAGCCCGCCCCGGCCGGGACGAUGGUGAAGUAUUUCCUGGGCCAGAGCGUGCUCCGGAGUUCCUGGGACCAAGUAUUCGCCGCCUUUUGGCAGCGGUACCCGAAUCCCUAUAGCAAACAUGUCUUGACGGAAGACAUAGUGCACCGGGAGGUGACCCCUGACCAGAAGCUCCUGUCCCGGCGACUCCUGACCAAGACGAACAGGAUGCCCCGCUGGGCUGAGCGACUGUUUCCUGCCAAUGUUGCUCACUCAGUGUACAUCCUGGAGGAUUCUAUUGUGGACCCACAGAACCAGACCAUGACCACCUUCACCUGGAACAUCAACCACGCCCGGCUGAUGAUGGUGGAGGAACGAUGUGUUUACUGUGUGAACUCUGAUAACAGUGGCUGGACCGAAAUCCGCCGGGAAGCCUGGGUCUCCUCUAACUUAUUUGGCGUCUCCAGAGCUGUCCAGGAAUUUGGUCUCGCCCGGUUCAAAAGCAACGUGACCAAGACUAUGAAGGGUUUUGAAUACAUCUUGGCCAAGCUGCAAGGUGAGGCCCCUCCCAAAACCCUUGUUGAAACAGCCAAGGAAGCCAAGGAGAAGGCCAAGGAGACGGCCCUGGCAGCUACAGAGAAGGCCAAGGACCUUGCCAACAAGGCCGCCACCAAGAAGCAGCAGCAGCAGCAGCAGUUUGUGUAGCCCACCCAGGCGCCAGCACAGCAGGCCACCCGCCCGCCCUGUGCCCUCCCCCCUUGUACUUUAUUAUUAAAAGUCAGCUUCCAGCCCCACCUGCUGUCUGGGUGGUGGGCUGGGGGUGGGUGUCCCGUUGGGCAUCUCCAGUGCACCAGACCAGUGACCCACGUCCCAGCCGGGCCUGCUUGUUGACUUGCCCAGGGUCACAGCAUCCAGGUGACGUGGUCAUAAACGCUAGACUGUAAGCUCCAAGAGGGCAGGGACUUUUGUUUUAUCCUCUGAUGUGUCCCAAGUACCUGGAACAAAAUCUAGUACGUAACAGGCACUCAAUAAAUACUUGUUGAAUUCAA